AUGGAGGAGAACCAUCACCAAGCACAGCACCUUGGAGAGGACCAAGGGCACGGUGACUUUUAUUCCUCUGAAGACCACGCGCAAGGCCAUUUUGACCCGGCGCAAGAUGGUCUUGCCCAAGGGGAACAUGGAUAUGACCAGGGGGGACAGGGAUUCGACCCCGAUGGCCAUCUAGGGCAAUUUUCCCUUAAUGCGGGCGAGAUAAUACAAGAUGGCGAUCUUGGAGAGGAAGACAUAGGACAGACCGGUCAUCUUGAGGAAGGGGAGAUGGAACACGAGGGUGAUGAUGCAGGGGAAGACACCUGGGCGAAACUGCAGGAGCUCGAGGCCCAGCUGGACAGGCUCGAGCGCAAAUACGAGAAAUCGUACUGGUCUGAAGAGCCGGAUGAAACGCUACAACCGAGACUUCACCACCAUUCGUUGAACAUGGCCAACAUUUGUUUUCAAAUCCUAAGGAUUGACCCCCAAAAUGAACGCGCAGCCGCCCUUCACGGUGACCACUCCGCCUCUAUUUUCGGCCAGUUUUACGGCCACGGAGAUGUCGAUCCUAGCGAGCUCAAACCUCGAAUGCACCAGCACAUCUUGGGAGUCCCGCGUCCUCAAGACACGGACAGCGACUCGGACGAGGAGAACGACCCUGAUGAGGACUAUGACGAAGACGCCUUCGAGAAUGAGGACGACCCUGAAUAUUACGGGGAGGAAGAAGGUCACCAAGAAGGCGACUAUUACCCCACCGGGGAAGAUCAGGAGUAUCAGCCGUACCACGAACAAGAUGGCAACGACGAGCACUAUGAUCACCAUAAAGAUCCGCAUCAGCAGUGGCAAGACGGCAAUGAUGAGAACCACGCUGGGCACUGGCAUGAUGGUAACGGCCUCGGUGGUGAUGAACAGGAUGACUACGGCUGGCAGGGUGAAGGUGGAGGUGAAGGUUGGAAUGGAGAUCAGCACGAGGGCGAAUGGCACCACGGCCACGAUCACGGUGGAGGAUGGCAAGAAGGAAGCCAUGGUGACAAUAGCCACGACCACGAUGGAGGCUGGCAGCAUGGAGGUGAUGGCGACAACAGUCAGCACCAUAGCGGUCAAACGCAUGAUGAUGGUGGCCAUCACGAGCAUUCUGGGGGUUGUUGA